CCACACUGCAUUUCUUUCUUUUGUUAUUAUAUUGCAUUAGUUUAGCCGGUGGAGAGAGGACGUUCAUGCGCUCAACCAAUCAAAUCAAAGGAGCAGGACAUACAGGCUUCCGGCCUAAACAACGACAACACAACUCUGAAAGACGAAUAGGAGAAACUACUACAAAUAAAUCCCUCUCUUAUUUUAUUACAUGCGGCCAGUGUCAACAUUGAGGACUUGGCAAUCAACCAGCGAUGACAUUUGCUUACUGAGGUGCUGAGGCCGCAGUUACACAGCCCUCAGUUACACCAACCUUAGGUGUGCACUGUCCCUGGAGUAAUAGCCUACUGAACUACCAACAUGGAAACAGACGCAGAUGUCAUUCCCAUCUGGCAAAAUAAGCCCCAUGGGUCCACACGUAGUGUUGUGAGAAGAAUAGGCUCUACUCUUCCUCUUAAACCUCCUCAGAGGGCAUGUUUUCAGGAACUACCUGGCCUUCCCCCUCUUCGUCCUUUGGAUGGGCCCAUGGUUCCUACUUUAGCGGAUAUAGCUUGGAUCGUUGCAGAUGAAGAGGAGACGUAUGCAAGAGUCAGGAGUGAUAGCCGUCCACUGAAACACGAGUGGCGGCCGACUCCUCUACUAGUGCUUCACAGAAAUUCAUCCGUGCCCAACUUCAGGCGCGAGGGCUUGAAAAGAAUGGAGGGUCUUAAAAAGCCUGGUGUCACAGCUCUGAACCGCACCACAGCCCUGCAGGAUGAGCUCAGCAAACUGCGGGCUCAGAUUGCCAAGAUUGUGGCAAAUGACACAGGGUCUAAUCCCCUGACGCCUGACUUGCUGUCUCCCGAUGACACCAGUAUGAGUUUCUCCUUGGCUCCAUUUGAGACCACUUCCUACCAGCCUGCCGCCACAGCUGCUGCCUCUUUUGUCAUCAGCGAUGUUACUGAAGAGGAGGAGGAAGAGGAGGAAGAUGACAAGGAUGUGGUCUCCAUGGUGUCGGAACUUGUGCCCGAUCCUCUGCCACCUGUUUCCAUGACAGCUUCUGCCACUUUUGACCUGGACAGACCCAGCAUGGACUUUAGGGAGGCAGAGGAGGACACAGUGUCUCUGUCCAAGUCCACCAGCUUUGCAGAUGUUAUGGACAUCCUAAAGGAUAUGAACCGCAUGAAGAUGAGCAAAGACAGGUACAACAGGGGAUGUACAUCACUGAGAGAAGAGGAUUCAGCCACCCUCAUUUCUGAAGCUCUGAAAAGAAAGUUUGUUUUAAAAGAGGAUGAUACUGCUGGUGGAAAACGGAAAUAGCCUGAUCUCAAAUGCUGUCACCAUGAUCUGUCUGCUCCAUGUCUCUGCUUACGGAUUACAUGGAUCAACAUACAAUCUUCAAGCCAAGGAAACUUAACAGCUAGAAAAGCCCACACUAGGUCCCAGUUGCUAAAAAUAUUAAAGGAGCCCAUAGUUGAAGCAAUCCUCUUCAGAUCUGCUGUUGGACAGAAAGGACUGGACAUACACCUCUGCUGUCUCUGGAUUUCCACUAGAACAUGGAUUUUUAUCUUCAAUUAUACUUGAAGAUUUGUAAUGUGUGAAUAAUCUAUUCAGAAGUUUGGAAAAGAGUGCAAAUGUACACAGUGUGUUUUCUGCUUGUUCUUUGGCACUGGGUAUGCCUGUUCUUACUGUAUCAUUUUGAGCCCUGCACACUCAAUGGAAUGCAUUGAAACGUGCUUGGUGGAGCCACUUCAUUUUGAUACUUUACUGCAUUAAGUGCCAUUGGUUUGUUGUGAACCCCCCAACCUUUGUACUCAUUUGUUUAUUUAAAACAUUUAAAACUUUUUUUGUAAGGAAAUUUUCACCCUUGGUGUUUAAAUCCUUCAGGUUUUGCCAGUUUCGAUGUCAUCCUCUCCCCAAACUUCCAUUUGACGUAUGACAAGUUGUUUGGACAAAAAACUCUGACCGUUAUUUAUGAUGUAAGUCUUUGAAUUUUAUGGAAUAUUUCAUUGGUGGUUGCAAGCAGGUUAAAGAGCAGUGAGAAAAGAACCUGCUCCUUUGACAUGUUUUUUGUUUUUAUUUUUAGUAACAUAUCCAUUUGGGAGAUUAUUCAUUUCAGUUGUACUGUCCUGAAAUUGAGCUCACCACCAUUGCUUGUUCUUUUAAUUUGUAAAUAAAGAUCUGUCGAAAUUU